AUGGCUACCCCAAAUGUCCAGAACCUCAAGGAGCAGAAUGCAGCCUAUGCCGACGCGUUCACGCAGGGCCAUCUCGCCUUGCCACCGGCCAAGAAAUAUCUAUUGACAGCUCCCACAGUGACCUGCAUGGACGCUCGCAUCGACCCCGUCUCGGCGUUUGGCAUCUCCCUGGGCGACGCCCACGUUGUUCGUAACGCCGGCGGCAGUGGGAAGGAGGCGCUACGAAGCAUCAUCAUCUCACAGCAGUUGCUUGGCACCCGAGAAAUCAUCCUGGUCAAGCACACCGGAUGCGGCAUGUUGACGUUUGCUAAUGAGGAUGCGCAUGGUCUUGUUGCCGAGAGGCUCGGCGCCGCUGCCGCCGCUGAGAUCGCAACGCUGGACUUCUUACCCUUCACAAGUCUGGAUGAUGCCGUCAACGAGGACAUUGAGUUCCUCAGGAGACAGUCAGCUGUCCCCAAGGACGUGGCCAUUACGGGCUGGGUCUAUGAGGUAGAGACAGGCAAAGUCAGACAGUUUGUCUAA